UUCAGUUUACUGAAUAUUCAAACUCAUUUUUUUGAUGCCGCGUAUUCUCCAGCACAGCUCAUGACCUUAAGGGAUUCCUUGAGACAAGAGAUUCUCAAUUAAAAUACAACUUGAAUCUUGAAAUUUUUAACAGAAUCCACCUUUGGUUCUUGACUUUGAUAUUGCAAAGCUUCUUAUAAUCAUCUUGAAAUGAGUAUUCAGAGAUUCUUUACUCAGGAUAGAGCACAUCAGACCAAUGAGUUUUCAAGUGAUUAUACUUUAGAAUUUCCUAAAAUCUCAGCUCAAGAUUUAGUUGCUCAACAACAAUAUUCAUCACACAUGGGAUUCUGUUUUCAGCCCGAGAAAGGCCGCCAACAGCAGCAUCAGCAGACUUGUAAUUUGCCUAUUGCUACUGCAUCUUCAAAUACAAUAAUCAGCUUUUUUGGAUCCCCCACUUCAGCGUUUUUCGCGACAGAACGUUGCCUGGGAUUGACACAGUAUGAUAAUCAAGAUAAUACUUCCCAACACAUGAUCAAUAAUAAUGAUCUUAACCAAGAUCAUACUUCCCAACUCAUGAUAGAUAAUUAUGAUCUUAACCAAGAUAAUACUUCUCAACUGAUCAAUAAUUAUGAUAUUCAAUUGUCAUCAUAUGAUCCUCAACAAAGUAGAAAUGGCUUCUUGACAGAUUCAAUUGCACAACCUGAGCCUGAUUUUCAGCACAACAUUUCUCUGUCAUCAUUCAUCAGGCCAGAAUUCUCAACCAGUCAACCUCUACGUAGACAAUAUUCUUUUGCCGAUGUAUCUGAGAAAGAGAGGAUGCUGCAUCUCAAAAAUGAGUUGUUGGGAGAAUUUGAUCCUUCAUAUAGGAGGCACCCUUCAAUUCCUUUUGAUGGAAAUCAAAACUACAGUAUCUCUCAUGAUUUCUGUGGCUGUCCUUUGGAAAAUAUGAGGCAACAAUGCGCCAGUCCUUCACUCACUUCUCAUAACUCUGCAUCUUCUGGAGUAUCCAAUAAGCACAGUAAGACAAGAAUCAGAUGGAGUGAAGAUCUCCACGAGCGAUUUCUUGAGUGUGUAAAUCGCCUUGGAGGUGCUGACAAAGCUACACCGAAGCAAAUACUUAAUCUGAUGGACUUAGAAGGCUUAACCCUUGAUCAUGUUAAAAGCCAUUUGCAGAAAUACCGAAAUGCAAAGCACAUUCCAGAAUCUACAGAAACAGGGAAAUCAGAAAAGAGAAACAGUCCGGAUAAUGUUACAGAGAUAGACAACAAAACUGGAAUAGAAAUCAAGGAAGCACUGAAAAUGCAACUAGAAGUCCAGAGGUGUCUUCAUGAGCAACUAGAGACUCAGCGAACGUUACAAAUGAGGAUCGAAGAACAAGCAAAAAAAUUGAAGAUGAUAUUUGAUCAACAACAAAAAACAAACAGGGUUCUGUUGGAGAGACAAAAUUCAAACAUUUCUUCUCUUGCUGAUCCAUCCACUGCGCAUGAUGAUGUAGAAAUUUUGGUCGUAGAAGAGUUGGAAUAAUACACAUUUCCCAUCCAACACAAGUUAACUGUUAUGCUAACUACAUAAUAUUUGGAUUUUUUCCAUAGAAGUAAUCUGCAUCAGCAAUCUUUAAAGAUUUGAAAAGAAGGAGCUUACUCCUGCAGCAAAAUCAAGAACUGAUCCUUCAGAACUUGGUUCAACAGGAAAAGCUACUUGUUGAGCUAAUUAGCCUCAAGUAACUUGUAACAUAUGUAAAAUACAGUAUAAAGUCAUAGAUUGUGCUGAAAAUUAGGUAGUUCAUUCAUGGUAGAUGUCAAGGAUUCUGUUGGCUGCAUAGUUAAAAAUGUAAUGAAAUGAAAGGAAUAAAAUAAGUUGUCACUUUAAUUUUGGUAAGCUGGUGUAAAGUUCCCAACUAUUCAAUUUUUGCCAUUGGCUA